GGCGUUUGCGCCUUGAGCUGUGAUUGACAGAUGCGACCUUGGACCUGAGCGGGGAUCGCGAUGCGCGCGCUGGGUAGCAGCUGUUUCCGGCACUGGGCGGAACACACUGGGACUGAAGAGGUGCUAGCGCCGCAGUUGGGGUGCGCGUCGUCGGCGGCCAGGUAUUGGGGCAGUUCACACUGUGUAAGGAUGAAGUUGUAACAUCAACUCAUCCCGUUCCCACCGAAAAUCUUGUCUCAUCGGUGCCUGAUGCUGGAAAUUCAAAGGUAAACAAAAAUGCUGGAGAAACUCAGCGGGUGAGGCAGCAUCUAUGGAGCGAAGGAAAUAGGCAAUGUUUCGGGUCGACACCCAUCUUCAGGCUGGGUCUCGACAUUGCUUGACAUUGUGCUACGCCUCUGAGCACCAUCUCUAGGUACACUACCUGCCCUCUUGGUUUUAUACCAGCCAUUAAACUGGGCAGGUGUAAAGUAAUGUUGCACUUGUACUUUGAUCAAUAAUUGAAGAGCUGAUCAAGUAAGCUAAUACACUGAGAAACUGCAAGUAGCAAUUUCCUUUGUUAAUAGGAAAGAAGAAAGCAUGCAAUCGAGAAAGAAAACUGAUUUUUUAAUCAGCUUAAAGCUGUUUAAAGUAUUGGGCCUUGUGUAUCACCUUCAUUUCCUCAAGCCUGUUACGUGUGUGCUAUAUCCGCCUCGAAAUUUGUCAUUUGUGUCAGAAAACUUCCAUCACACCCUGAUGUGGGAAGCUGGACCAGAUACACCAUUGAACACACGCUAUACAGUGAAAUACAUCUCUUACAGUGAACCGGAUGAGUUAGUUGCUGCGGAGAACUGUGUGCUGAUUGUGAACAGAACAUGUGAUCUAACAGAUGAUUUUAGUGACAUCUAUGAGAAUUACUGGCCACAAGUUAAAGCAGUUGGAGAAAUGGAUGAAUCCAAUUGGACUUUCACGGAUAGUCCCAUUCAACCACAUGGUGAUACACACAUACGACCAAUUAAUGUUCAGCUUGUGGAGUCAUCAGUUGGAGUGCUUAAUGUUAGUUUUGAGAUUGCAGCGCCCCCAGUGCUUAUUUCACGCAACUUAAAUGUCAAAUCAUUGAUCGACAUCUACAUGAAAUUGAAAUAUCGCAUUGGUGUAUAUAAGGAUGGAAAGUUGGACAAGAACAAAGAGCUGUUGACAAUCACAAGCAAAAGAAAUAUUAAUGAAAUAUUUGAAGGUGUGGAACCGAACUCCACGUACUGCAUUACAAUAAAUAUAUUUUGCCUACAAGAAAAAUACACCGAUCCUUUGGAAAUGAAAUGUAUAAUCACACAAUUUGUGAACGAAGAUAAGGGUACAGAAGUACCUUCAGCCCUGUUGGUAUCUGGUGUUUGCAUUAUAGUAGCUGUGCUCAUCAUCAUCGUGGUACUAUAUAAAACAGGUGGCCUUGCUUUCUUCAGCAUGUAUGUUCCACAAUCUCUGAAAAAUUUAAAAUACACCCAUGCCACCCACAAUUACAACAAUGUGCAAGAAAAAUUCAACAUUAUCGACCGUGUAUGUGUCAGUGAAGUGAAAAUGCAACCCAUUGAAGAAGAGAGUGAGGAGAAGUUGAUUGAUAAUGAGGAGGAAUCAGCCUAUGAGUGUCAUUUUAUGCCUGUAAAUAUACAGGACAGUGCUCAAAGCUCCAGCCUAGUUUCUGACAACAGAACAGAUGGAACAGUGGCUUGUAAUGAUCAACAAGUUGAUUCCUUCACCAACUUUGCUGAAUGUGAGAUGAUUCCUACAGAUGUGACACAAAAUGAAUGUACAGACACUGAAAUAACGAGCCAGUUAAAAAUAAACCACAGCAGAAAAAGUAGCUUGUCUUCUGCAAGUGUCAGUACAUCUGAUGUCCUUCUGUGCUCUGUCCAAAUCCAAGAUCCAGACUGCUCUUUUGUUGACUUUUCAAAUGUACGGACGUGUGAUCAGGAGGCAUCUGAAUCUAAUAAUGCUGGAACCAAUGAUCUGAGUGAUUCUUUGACCUCUGACGUUUUUGUCAACACUGAAUUUUACCAAUCUGUAAAACCUGUUCAGUGCGACAUACCGUCCUGCUCAUCGUUACGCCAGGCUUUGCAUUCUAAUUACAUGAGUCGCUGAAGGAAGUUUGCAUGCAACAACUAUGAUGAUGACAACCAUAAGACUGCUCAGUUUACUCAGAGCAUUUUGAAGUAACUGCACCCAAUUGCCUGGCGAUAGCUGAAUUAUUUUACCAAAGAAAUAAGAUUUUUCUUUUUGAACGCAACCAAAAUUACUUAACUGGUUAUACUGCUGAGAGGAUUUCAUAUGACUGACUGAUUUUGUUCAUCAAAAAAUAAACAUUUUGGGGUGGGCUUGGUUACUUAUAAUAUAGAGGGGCACUCUGGCACAGCUGG